CAACCAGAGGCAGCUCUGCUGGAGGGUGAAGCCGCCUCCCAGUUUUCCCUCCCCCUUAUCACCCUCCCCCACCCCCCCCCAGUUCCCUCCACCGGGUCCAGUGACAAUUGGAUGAUGCAGUCUUGAUAAUCAUCCGAUUCCAGAAUGGGUGGCUGCAUUCCUUUUCUGAGGGCAGCCAGGACAUUGUGCCCCAGAAUCAUGCCCCCUUUGCUGUUGUUGUCCGCCUUCAUUUUUUUAGUGAACGUCCUGGGAGGAGCACCAGGACACAACCCGGACCGCAGGACGAACAUGAUAUCAAUACACAGUCUCUCCGAGCUGGAGCGUCUGAAGCUACAAGAAACUGCUUACCAAGAACUCGUGGCCAGACGUUUCCUCUCUGAAUUCAAACCUGAGAGAGCUCUACCUAUUGACCGUCCAAACACCUUGGAGAAGUGGUUUCUGAUUCUGAGAGGACAAGAGAGGGCCGUAUCACUGAAGACGUUUGGCAUUCGUCUGGAAGAGGUGCUGGUGAAUGAGCUUACCCGCCGCAAGCAUCUGGAACUAACAGCCGCGAUGCAGAUUGAAGAAGCCACCGGUCCGGCUACGGGACGUCGUCGUCGUCGGGGAAACGUGGUUCAACGGAUGUUUGGCCGCAUCAGGCGCUUUUUCAGCCGCAGACGGGCUGAGCCCACUCUGCCCCGGGAGUUCACUCGCCGUGGUCGUCGAGGUGCAGUAUCUGUGGAUAGCCUGGCUGAACUGGAGGAUGGGGCCCUGCUGCUGCAGACCCUGCAACUUUCCAAGAUUUCCUUUCCAAUUGGCCAGCGACUUCUGGGGUCCAAAAGGAAGAUGAGCCUCAACCCGAUUGCUAAACAAAUCCCCCAGGUUGUUGAAGCUUGCUGCAGUUUCAUUGAGAAACAUGGAUUAAGCACGGUGGGGAUUUUCACUUUAGAAUACUCUGAGGAGAGAGUCCGUAAGCUGCGUGAAGAAUUUGAUCAAGGUCUGGAUGUAGUGCUGGAUGACAAUCAGAAUGUGCAUGAUGUGGCCGCACUCCUUAAGGAGUUUUUCCGUGACAUGAAGGACUCUCUGCUGCCAGAUGAUCUCUACAUGUCUUUCCUCCUGACAGCAACUCUGAAGCCGCAGGAUCAACUUUCUGCCCUGCAACUGCUGGUUUACCUGAUGCCACCCUGUCACAGUGACACCCUGGAGCGUCUGCUGAAGGCCCUGCAUAAGAUCACUGAGAACUGCGAGGACUCCAUUGGCAUUGAUGGACAGCUGGUCUUUGGCAACCGGAUGACUUCUACCAAUUUGGCCUUGGUGUUUGGAUCUGCUCUUCUGAAGAAGGGGAGAUUUGGCAAGAGGGAAUCCAGGAAGACAAGGCUGGGGAUUGACCACUAUGUUGCUUCUGUCAAUGUGGUCCGCGCCAUGAUUGAUAACUGGGAUGUCCUCUUCCAGGUACCUCCCCAUAUUCAGAAGCAGGUUGCUAAAAGGGUGUGGAAGUCCAGUCCCGAGGCCCUUGAUUUUAUCAGACGCAGGAAUCUGAGGAAGAUCCAGAGUGCACGGAUUAAGAUGGAGGAGGAUGCUUUACUUUCUGAUCCAGUGGAAAACUCUGCUGAAAUCCGGGCUGCUGUCCUUGCUCAAAGCACGCCCUUUGAUGAAGGUUCCUCUGAGGAGCCAGCUGUGCCUCCCGGCACUGCCCGUUCCCAUGACGAUGAGGAAGGAGCGGGUAACCCCCCCAUUCCGGAGCAAGACCGCCCAUUGCUCCGUGUGCCCCGGGAGAAGGAGGCCAAAACUGGCAUCGGCUACUUCUUUCCUUAGAUGUUCUCCUUCUAUACAGUGCCGGACAGGGGAAAAGGGUGGGGGUAGACCUGGGAUGUCACAGGAAACAUUCAGGAGAGUCUUGAGGGUGCUGAGGGUAGAAGGAGUUCCACCUGAUGCUCGGGUCAGGCUGAGAAUUCCAAACACACUGCCAGCCCCUUCGUGGGGGAAGCUCGGUCCUUCCAGCUGGUUAAAGCAGAGAUGUUUCUGUGUCAUGCCCAGGCUCCCUGGUGCUACCUUGCCUUUCUCUUUUACCCCUGAUCCUGGCUUUCCCUCAGUACAGCCCUCCCUUUAAUUGAUGUGACAUUUGUGGUAAACACCUGUCCCAGAGAAGCUCACAAAUCUCGAGGUGCUUUCCCUCCCCCAAAGGGGAUUGCAUGUUUUUCCUGACUUUCCUACCCUCCUCCCGAGAGCUCAAUUGGCAAGGCCCUCAAGAGGCAUGCUAGGACGUUAGGUCAGCCCCCUGACAGCUGACAAACAAUUAAUGCUAAACCAUGUCACACCAACUCAUAGCCGUGUCCCCGCAGCAACUCCACGUCCUCAGGAUCUUUCUUUUUCCAAAUUAUUUAGACCAACGGCUCGUCAAACAGCCACUCCCAAAUUUCUGUGCAGUUUUGCUCAGGUUACGCCAACAGGGAAACCUCUAGUGUAAGCCUAACUAGUUUUCUUGGGUCAAAAGUUAGAGGACAAAUUUGGUUUUAUUACCUAGAUCUGUUUUACAGACAGCUGGCGUUCACACCCUGUUGUCAGCAAAACAUCUAGUUAGGUAAGGACACAUAGUUCCAAGUAGUUAAAGUCACCUGAUUAUAAAUGCUCUUCUCUAUCGUCUCUGUAGCUCCUCUAUGCAGGACGGUACCAAUUUGCGGGACAUGCUCUGGUAACACACAGAUAUGGGUUAUGUAUGACAUCCAAAAUUCUAGCUGAUAUUGAUGGGUAACAACUGCUAAGGUCCAUAGAAUGAAGAAUGUAUUGUAUUGAGGGAUAGAAAUUGAUCACACAAUGGGUAACAACCGCAGAGCUCGAAGAUUUGUGAUUGUUCAAACUUCUCUGGCAUUUAAUCAUUAAUAAACAUCUGUAUUGUGACAGCAGCA